GCUGUCGCUCCUGAAAUUACCGGCUAGCUAAGCUAACGGCUAGCAUGUCCGCCUUGAUUGUAGUCUGUCACUAGCUGACAUUUAGCUAGGUGCAGUUAUUCUGUUUGGCACUCGCGCAGCAGAGGACGAUUUUUCAAGGGAGCUGGUGUACACUCCCAUGCGGAAGGUGAGGAGGUGGGAAUGUGACACAACUGUUAGAAGACUCAACAUGGGUAGGGGUCGAGGCAGAGGGAGAGGAAGGGGCAGGGGAUCAUCUGGCCAGUUGCGGCCUCCCUCGCCCUACAGACUGCAGCUCUCUCCAUCCAGGGAGACUUUGACAUAUGCUCAGGCACAGAAAAUAGUUGAAGUGGACCUAGAUGGAAGGCUCCAUCGGAUUAACAUCACAGAUUCUCUUCCGGUUAUUACAGAGGAUGAGAUGAUGGCCCAGGACAUUGCAGAGUGCAACAGCAACAAGGAAAACAGUGAACAAACUCAGAGUAAAACCAGAUUGUGGAGAAAACCUUCAGUCAGCAAAAGCAGGAGGAGUGGUAAAAAUACGUCUCACCAGAACCAACGGUCUAGCUCAGAGCAGCACACAGGAUCUACCAAUUCUUUUCUGAACCCGUCCCACCAGAGUCCUCUGCCUGAGCCUACCUUUCGUGUCCUGAGUUCAGUUUGCCCCCCAGAGGCUCCUCCUCUGCCAGCAGCCUACUACUGUUACAAAGAAAAGUCACUGGAGGAACAGGACAGUGUUGCUGAGUACGACAUGGACGAGGAGGACCUGGCAUGGCUGGAGAUGGUGAACCAAAAGAGAGUGUCUGAUGGCCAUGCCUCCGUUUCUCCAGACACUUUUGAACUGCUGAUUGACCGCCUAGAGAGGGAAUCAAUCCUGGAGUCUCGUAGCCAGGCACUGUCCCACAGUGCCGUAGACGAGGACGCUUUCUGCUGUGUCUGUCUAGAUGACGAAUGUCUCAACAGUAAUGUCAUCCUGUUCUGUGACAUCUGCAAUCUAGCUGUCCACCAGGAGUGCUAUGGUGUGCCCUACGUACCUGAGGGUCAGUGGCUGUGCCGCUGCUGCCUGCAGUCCCCCUCCCGUCCUGUAGACUGUGUGCUCUGUCCAAACCGAGGAGGUGCCUUUAAACAGACAAGUGAUGGACGUUGGGCCCAUGUUGUCUGUGCCAUAUGGAUCCCGGAGGUGUGCUUUGCAAACACAGUGUUUUUGGAGCCUGUUGAGGGGGUCAAGAACAUCCCUACUGCUCGCUGGAAGCUCACCUGUUACUUGUGUAAGCAGAAGGGUAGGGGAGCAUCCAUUCAGUGCCACAAAGCCAACUGCUACAGGGCCUUUCAUGUCACCUGUGCCCAGAAGGCUGGCCUAUUUAUGAAGAUAGAUCCGGUCCGGGAGACAGGUGUCAACGGUACCACCUUCUCUGUAAAGAAGACUGCUUUCUGUGAGCAUCAUUCUCCAGUGGGGUCUCGGAAGGACGGGUCUGGAGACGAGUCAGUUGAAGGAAGACUGGUGGGAGGCAGGGGUAACCGGGGUCAAAGGUCCUACACUCAAAGCCCUCCCUCACCACCAAACAAGAAGGCUACCAAGGGCCAGAAGAAGAAGAAUACAAAGGGGUCUGGUGGGUCUACGCGUCGCUCGACUGUGCCUGUGCUGCUUGUGCCUCAGAUCCCCUCUCACAGGCUGAACAAGAUCUGCACAGGAGUUGAAGUCCAGAGGAAGAAUCAGUUCAUGCAGAGGCUUCAUAACUACUGGUUACUGAAACGCCAGUCACGAAAUGGGAUGCCUUUAAUACGCCGACUUCAUUCCCAUCUACAAGCCCAUAAGACAGCAGAGCAGAAUGAACCUGAUGAGAAGCUGUGUGCUGCAAGAGAGGAGCUACGAUACUGGCAGAAGUUGAGGCAAGACCUGGAAAGAGCCAGACUUUUGGUGGAACUCAUCCGCAAGAGGGAGAGGCUAAAGAGAGAACAGGUGAAAAUUCAGCAGGCUGCUCUUGAACUGAAGUUGACCCCUGCGUUGGUGCUUCUGCGAUCCACCUUGGAGCAACUGCAAGAGAAGGACACAGCAAAAAUCUUCUCUCAGCCGGUUAAUCUAGCAGAGGUCCCAGAUUACCUGGAGUUUAUAACCCAACCCAUGGACUUCUCCACCAUGCGUACCAAACUAGAGGGACAUGCUUACUGCUCAAUUGCAGACCUGGAGAAGGACUUUGAUCUUGUGAUCUCCAACUGCCUCAAGUACAACUCCAAGGACACCAUGUUUCACAAGGCAGCCUUACAACUGCGGGAGGUGGGUGGAGCCAUUCUCCGUCAUGCUCACAGGCAGUUUCAGAGCAUUGGCCUGGACCCCAGCACUGGGAUGCAUCUCUCAGAUGCUCUGAACAAACAUGGCUUCUACCACUGUACGUGGGAUGACGUCGACUCUCUCUUGGACCCAGACAACAGACUCCACUUAACCACUGACGAACAGCUGAAGGCCUUACUGGACAAACUGGACAUGGUUACAUCCAUGCGUACCAGUGGUGGUCGAACCAAACGUAUUAGACUGCUACGCCGAGAAAUCAACUCUCUCAGACAGAAGAUGAACCAGCAGCAGCGAAACACUCAGUCUGUGAAUGGGAAUGACAGGGAGGAUGAAGGAAAAGAGGACGAAGAAGAGGAGGUGGUGGAAGAGGAGGAGGAGGAGGAGGAGGAGGAGAGGGAACAGAAAAAGGAGAAGACUGAUGUUGACAAUGGACCUUUGACUGUAGUGUCUAGUACUGGAACAGAUGACUCUCCACCUGUGCUAGAGCUUAGCUGCCCAGUGUCAUCACCACUGCCAGGAGACGCUCCUCUGGAACCCCCUGUCCUCGGCAUUGUAACCGGAGGACGAAGGUCACCCGGACGCUCCUACAAGCGUCAGAGGUCCUCCCGGAGUGGAAGCAAAAGCCAAGGUGAAGAUGAGGCCGAAGUUGGUGAAACGCCAUCUUCACAACCAGAGGCUGUUCAUGAGGUUACUCCACUGGGAACACCCCCGAAUCAGCCUUUGGUUGGAGUUGGUCGUCGUACAUCUGUUCUGUUUAAGAAAGCUAAAAAUGGGGCACGAAUGGCAAUUAACAAGUCCCCACCACAACAAAAUGGGAAAACAGCUGAUGAUAAAACUAAUGGGUUGGACAGCACUCCUGCCAGCCCAAAUUCACCCAGUAUGACCAACAUCACCGCCUUACCUCCUACUCCCAACGCUUCCCCUACACCUCCCUCUCCUUCCUCACACCAUCUGAGGUCCACAGGCCACAACUCAGAAAGUGAAGCAGACAAACUCUGUCGAACACCCAGAGAAGGUCUGACAAACGGAAAGCACUCAGCGGAUGAUGACCAAAAACUAAACUGCAGUGUCUCCCCACCCAAACGCAGCCGUGGUAAACCUGCAUUGGCUAAAGUUCCCAACAGUGACAAUGGAGACAUUUCUGGAAAGUCUACACUUCUGUCUUCAGAUAGUGAGACUGAGCUUGCACCUCUGGACCUAGUUUGGGCCAAAUGCAGAGGAUAUCCAUCAUACCCAGCAAUGAUUGUUGACCCAGACAUGCCCCAGGAGGGGCUUCUUCACAAUGGCAUUCCCAUUCCAGUGCCUCCUGUGGAGGUGCUCAAACUGGGCAAGUGGAGGGAAACGGAAGAAGGCGAAAAGCUCUUCUUAGUGCUCUUCUUUGACACCAAAAGAACUUGGCAAUGGCUCCCUCGGAACAAACUGCUGCCGCUGGGGAUGGAUGACACUGUGGACAAACUGCGCUUAAUGGAAGGCAAGAAACCCAGUGUCCGCAAGUCUGUACACACGGCAUAUGACCGGGCUAUGGUACAUUUAAACCACGUGAGAGGGAAUCUAAACUUCACUCCCUCCAAUUUUAUAUAAAUUUUAGAUUUUAUCAUCUUAAACAGGCUGCCUGGUUCUAUGUAUAGAAGCUUCAUCAAUGCUCUUGAAAAGGUGGGAAUUGGUGGUAUUUGAAGGUUUUGUUUAGAAAAAGUGCUUGAAGACAUUUUCCUAGAUGAAUCUGUUCAUUUAUUCAUGUAAUUUUUAAAAACGAUUUUACACAACCACUGUACUAUGUGUUCAUGUAAAGUUUUUGUUUUAGGCCAAAGUGAGUCAAGACUUGAGAAAAGUGUAAAUAUUUAAUCAUCUAAGGGAUUGUCUUGAUUCAAACCAUUUAGAUUGUAUUUGCCAUUGAAAUAUCACUGUGUUUAAUGAAGUGUGAAAGUCCCACAUAAUAUUCAUGUCAUAUCUGGACUCCACAGAAGUUUGGCUUUGACAGCUAGUGAUGAAAAUGAAAAUUGUUGCCACUGAAAGUCCUUCUCUAAUCCUAUCUGGUGUUGGUUAUACAUCAGUGUUUCUUAAAGGUACCAAACUUUUUCCUUUUUU